CUUCUUGACUCUCUUGCUUAGCUUUGUCGUUACCUUUUUCCUGUACUCUUUUUCUUUACCAACAAAUUCUGGGCACUGCUGCACAAGAAAGUGAAAAAUCUGUUGAGUGAUGGAGUGGGAAAAGCAACCGCCGCAACAGGCGGAGGAGCCCAGUGGCGGCGGCGGUGCUGGGGGAGGGAUGUUUGUGAAGGUAAUGACAGACGAGCAGAUGGAAGUCCUCCGCAAGCAGAUAGCUGUGUACGCCACCAUCUGUGAACAGCUUGUUGAGUUGCACAAAUCCCUUACGUCCCAGAACGAACUUGCUGGAGUGAGGUUGGGAAAUCUAUAUUGUGACCCCUUAAUAACUUCUGGUGCCCAUAAGAUCACCGGAAGACAGCGCUGGACGCCAACACCUAUGCAGCUUCAGAUUCUGGAACGCAUAUUCGAUCAAGGGAUUGGAACGCCAAGCAAGCAGAAGAUCAAAGAAAUAACCACAGAGUUGUCUCAACAUGGCCAGAUUUCUGAAACGAAUGUAUAUAAUUGGUUUCAAAACAGGCGUGCAAGGUCAAAGAGGAAGCAACAGGCUGCACCAGCAAAUAAUGCUGAAUCAGAAGUAGAGACGGAGGUAGAGUCACCAAAUGAGAAGAAAACAAAGCCUGAGGAAUUUCAAGCACAUCACAUUCUAAGUUCGAGAACGGAGGAUCUCUGUUUCCAAACUCCUCAGGCUAGUUCUUCGAUGCACUCCGUCGAUCCACGUACCAGUAAACCUGAGCCUGUGUUGCCUUCAGAAGGAAGCUCAAAGUUUGGUGGCAGUUUUGGGCAAAUACCAUUUUAUGGGAGUAUGUUGCCGAAUCCGAGAAUGGACCAGUUCAUAGGAAAGAUUGAAGUUCCAGGGAACUAUAAUCCUUAUCUGCAACAAGAUGACUACAACAUGGAUGGAUAACCAUAUAUUUGUUAACUUCUGAUAUAGAUGUGUUUUACAAACUGAAAUACUAGUUUCGGAUGAACCGAGUAGCAGUCUUUCUACUCGACCUGGGUGACUAAGGCUGAUCAUCUUGUGUUCUUGGGGAUAUCCAAAACUGCACAUGAAGGUGAAAUUUAUUCUGCUAUUGCUUGUUAUGGCGAAUGAAAUUAUUACACAAUUGUAAAACACUGCACAAAACCCAUCCUUUAAGUCUUAUUCAUGUCUCUUUCUUUCUUCCUGGUGCUCCACAAGUGUAGUUGAGUGUCUUUUUGGUCUUAUUUCCUCUUUGGACA